GUUGAAAAAAAAACAAAUUGGAAAUAAACUUCAUCAUGGAUCUGGUGACAAAUCCCUUAUCGACAGAUGGAACUCAGCAACGGAAGGACAGCAAAAAUUUUGGAAAGAAAAUGGAAGCAGAGCUCUUACUCUUUGAUCGUGUCUUUCGCAAUGAUUUGAUUGCAAAUAAAAUUGCACCCUACUUGAACUUGGCCGAUCUUAAAGAUGCCAGUGCGAGUUGUCGUAGUCUUUACGAGAUGGUGAGGAACUCUAAACAUUUCAAGGAGAUUGCUAAACUCUGCUUAAGUCAAAAAAACUUGCAAGAAAGUCAUGCCGGCUGUGGCACUGGAAUGACUACUUGUGCAGAUAAGAGUGGACACGAAAACCUUGCUUCUUCCCCUUCUGAGACUACGACAAUGAAAACAUUUCAUGGCUUAAGUGUGAUUGAGGUGGAUCUUGUAGUAUCAAAAGAGAUUCCGGAGUUUCUUCAAGGAAACCAAAAUUUCCUUAAAAAUUUUCAAACCGUUCAUCUCAUCGGUAACUCAAGAGCAAAGGAAGUUACGGUUGCCAUUCUUCACUAUAUUUUUGUCAAUACUUCAGUUAUCACUCUGCAAAUUGACGGAGAAGUUGCUACAUGCUUAAACCUUGCGGAUCAUUUUGCCACCCAAACGGGGAAAGAAUACUUUACCAAACUUAGAAAUCUGGAGAUCGUUAGUAAAGAGCGGGAUGAAUUUGACUGUCCCAUUUUUCAUGACAAUAUCAAGUACUUUUACGCCCUGCCGCUAAACCUAAAAAAACUUGAGAUAGGAAAAGUUGGAUAUAACUUCAAAUGUUAUGAAAAUAUCGUCAAUUUGAUAAUCGCCAACGCAGGAUCGAUCCAAGAUCUCGUUCUGGACUUUAAAGAAACUUGCCCGUGGGGAACUACACAGUUUGAAAACAUCCGUCUCCCCCUAUUGAAGAAAUUAGUCACGUCCCUGACCGACGGAGGGGCUGAGAUAGACAAUUUUCUAAGUUUCAUGAAAAAACAGCCACUUGUUGAAGAGUUGUCCCUCUGUGUAGUGAAGAAAUGCGGGCCAAAGCUACUCACUGUGAUUCAGGAGAGGGGUUCAAAACUCAAAAAGUUGCAUCUUCGAGCAAAACAUUUUGGAGAUGGGGAAAACUGGGGGUUUCUUGCAGACAUGCAAAAUUUGAAGGAUUUUGCGCUGAUCCGACCAAUCAUCGAAUGGCGGGAUGCCUUGGAUGGUUCAUUCUACAGGAACUGCAGUCUCCUUGACGCAUCUCAAGCUCCGCGGAAUUGAGAAUUUCUGGUGGGAUUCGGUCCAAAAUGCAAACAUAGGUGAAAUGGAGAAGCAGUCGUUGUUUAACAGAUUUCAAAACUUGGUGACCCUCAGCAUCGUCCAUCGCGGAGGGAAAGAAUUGAAUUUAGAUUUUCUACAGAAAUUGAGCAUCUCAAUGCUAAAAUUGCAGAAAUUAGAACUCUCCAGCAUUGUCAAGCCUACUGAUGGUGCACUCAAUGCAAGGGCUGCGGUAGACUUGGGAAGCCUUAAAGGUUUGACUCACGUUACACUUAAGGGCUGGGGUAACAUAGCUGAAUUACUGAGUUCAAUUUCACACAGUCUUUGCGAACUUUGACUCUUUUCACGGACGAAAGGGGCAUGACGGAGUGGGAUACAAAUUUGGCGAUACAAUUCGUUCAACGGAAUCCAAGCCUGGAGAAAAUAUCCAUCAGUGGAAACGGACUUAUCCUGCGACCCGAUUUAGUGAAUGAGUUGAAGACUAAAUCCUCCCGACUAGUCCAGGUCGAAUGGAGCAAGCCCACAUUCGCUUUAACAUUAAAGGAAGACUCUGACUCGGACGCAUCACUGGACCUUGGCUCGGAUAGCGACGAUGGCGAAAAUGAUUACGCCGACUACUUUAAUCGUGAAAGUGACUACGAAGACGACCAUCCUGACUAUACGGCGUGCGAUAUAGAAUGUGGAUAUUGCGGACGAUGCGACUAUUGAUAACCUCAAGUGUUACGCUACGACAAACUUUCCAUUGACCUAAUGUUCGCAAAAUUAUAACGGCUUUGACGACUAUAAUUUUUACAAUUUUUUUUUAUAUUUUUCUUCACCAGUUCAACUAUUUUUAAAGUGACCUUUAGAAGUUUUUUGAUUAAUUUAUUCAUACCCGGUGGGUAAAUAGCAUUUCGGUAUUAAACCAAGGGUAUACAUUCUUCUGUGAAUGCGAAUAAAUGUAUUAUGUAAAUAGAUAAAGAAGCCUAAUAACUUUUUAUAUCAGUUAUUGUGCAAAUGCUAAUUUAAUUGCGCGAUAAGAGUCUGCGUAUAAUAAUAUUUUUCCGACACUACUUUUAAUUAGUAUUAAUAGCAAAUCUGUAAAUAUUUUACCUUAGUUCUACAAGUACAAUGACCGAUUAAAUUCUAAUUAUUGCAUGUAGAUAUGUAUGUCGUCGUCAUGUACAUGUUUUCUCUUGUUUGUCUGGCACCGUUGUGGGAAACUUGGAAAAAAUAUUUAUGGUCUUUUCAAAUUACUUUUUAGGAUUUGAAAAUUUGAAAAGAUAAUUUAGAAUGGGUUUACUUUGAACAAUUCCUAAAACUUGGCCUAAUAUUUUUUCGCCUCAUUAGUAUUCAUAUAUGAAUCUCUAUAUUUAUCUAUAGACAUACCUUAUCGUAGAUUUGAACACAGCUUGACAAACA